AUGCCCUACUUGGCCCCCGGCAGUGACGCCCCCACCACCCUCCCCAUCAUCCCCCGGACAAAACACCGCGCGAAAGACGUCCCCCGGCCAGCGGCAUUACCGUCGAUCAAGAAGAUCACCACCGCCGAAGAUAUCCUCGCUUCCCAGCUCUCCCACAUCGCUGUACGCUGCCCCCUCACAGACUCGGAGGGGGAAGAAGGGGAAGAGGAGGACCAUGAUCCGCCGAUGUUGGAGCAUGAGUCGCAGGGACAUCCGUCGCCGGCUGGGACGUCGAUUAGGACACUGAGUUCGCAGGGCCACGGCGGAGGGGGCGGGGAGCUUCAUCCGAGGUCGUUCAUGUUGAACAUGCGCUUCAUCCACACUCUCCCUCCCCUCCCUCAUCCCCAAGUCGAAACAAAGUGUCAUUCAGAGAAGAAGGAGAAGAAAAAGGAGAAGGCGACGGCGAUGAAGUACGGAAAGUAG